AUGUAUCGUAGAACACUUGUACAGGCUGUAUGCCGGCAUUCCGUUCGAUUAUACCAUAGAACGGUUGUUCAUCAUAACACCACCAAACAGACAGUAACAAAGGCAAAGAUUCCAGAUCGCUUUGUCCAAGCUGUCAUUGAUAUAGUUGGCAAUGAUAAUGUGUCUACAACUGAUGCCAUACGGGAACAACAUGGCCAUGAUGAGUCCUAUCAUGCUACCUCACCACCAGACAUUGUGGCCUUUGCUGAGAAUACCGUACAUGUGAGUCGGGUGGCCAAGCUGUGUAAUGAUAAUGAGGUGCCACUCAUCCCCUUUGGAACUGGUACUGGAAUGGAAGGCGGCAUAAAUGCAUUGAAGGGAGGUUUGUGUCUCAACCUGUCAAAGAUGAAGAAAAUAGUAUCUGUCAAUGCUGAGGAUUUUGACUGUACUGUGGAGGCAGGGGUGACCAGAUUAACACUAAACAACUACCUAAGGGAUACGGGACUCACAUUUCCUAUAGACCCUGGUGCAGAUGCUUCCCUGUGUGGCAUGUGUGCUACCAGUGCCUCAGGUACCAAUGCUGUGAGGUACGGAACCAUGAGGGAAAAUGUCCUUAACAUGGAAGUAGUUCUGCCUGAUGGUCGUAUCAUCUACACUGCUGGUAAAGGAAGGCGCACAAAAAAAACUUCAGCAGGAUAUAAUCUCACAAAUCUAUUUGUUGGAUCUGAAGGCACACUUGGUAUCAUCACCCAGGCAACCAUUCGUCUCCACGGCAUACCAGAGGCUACAAUAUCAGCUGUUUGCUCCUUCAACAAUGUCCAGGAGGCUGUAGACUCCACGGUUCAAAUCCUACAGAUGGGAAUUCCUAUAGCCCGGAUAGAAUUCCUGGAUGAGGUAUCUGUAGAUGCAAGUAAUAGAUACAGCAAGCUGGAUAUGAAGGUGGCACCAUCUUUAUUCUUUGAGUUCACAGGAAGUCCUGAUACACUGGACAAACAGGCUGAGGUUGUCAAGGAAAUUACUUUCUUGAAUGGUGGAUCUGACUUUAAGUGGGCAUCAGAUCACCAGGAGAGAAACCGUCUAUGGAAGGCUAGACAUGACAUGUUGUAUGCCUGUAUGGCCCUCAAGCCUGGCAAAAAGCCCUACUCUACAGAUGUUUGUGUUCCAAUAUCCAACUUACCAGAGGUCAUAAUGAGGUCAAAUGAGGUCAUACAGCAGGCUGGGGCCAUUGAUGCGUUCAUGGUCGGCCAUGUUGGUGAUGGCAAUAUCCAUUCCUUAUUUCUAUUUGACACUGAAAAUAAGAAGGAAGUAGAACUGGUUCAGGGCCUAGCCGAAACCAUAGCAACAAUUGCCAUGGAACUGGAUGGAACCUGUACAGGAGAACAUGGUAUCGGAAUGGGUAAACGUGGACUUCUUCAGCAAGAGAUUGGAGAAACGGGCAUGGAGGUGAUGAGGCAGCUUAAGAGAACAUUUGAUCCAAAAGGAAUCAUGAACCCUGGAAAAGUCAUUUUUGAGUGA